UUCAAGUCCAUCUUUCCUCUACUCGGGCUUGCCGCAGCCGCGGCUGCGUACUCUCAGCAGCCUCUCGGGGUAGGAUACGAUGUGACCGCGCGGUCCGUAUCGGCCAUGACGGCUGCCCAGCGCGAGCAGCUCAUGCUUGAACUCUGGAAGGGCUUCGACGUGGUUGAGAUCAUGCACCUGACGGGACAUGGUGACGGGCUUGACGAGGAGCGCUUGGUGCAUGUAUUUGGGGAGGAUGAGCCCCGUAGGAUGACCGAGGGCGACAAGCUCAGGCUGAAGCAGCAAGGGCUCGAGUUCAUGGACAUCACCGAGCACCCUACCCUCGGCGCCCUCAACGCACAACGUCCUCAGCGUUUUGUGAACCCUGACCGCAGCAUCUCGGCCCAAAACUCAGAUGCCGUACGCGCCCUCCUCGCCGGCGAGAUCACCACGGACCACAUGCGCGCCGACAUCGCGAAGCUGAGCUCCUUCUGGACGCGCAGCUAUCGCAGCAACUGGGGCCUGCUCUCCAGCAACUGGGUCUUCGACCACGUCUCAUCCAUCAUCGCCGCGAACCCCUCGGACAAGACUCGAACCACAGUCACCAAGUUCCCGCACAAGUUCGUGCAGAACUCCGUCGUCCUGCGACUGGAUGCGACAGACGACACUACGCCCGACGAAGAGAAGGAGCUUGUCAUCGUUGGCGCGCACCAGGACUCGCUGAACUACCGGCUACCCUUCUUCCGCGCGCCUGGGUCGGAUGACGAUGGCUCGGGGACAGUAACGGUGUUCCAAAUUCUGCGCUCGUUGGUGGAGCAGGAGUUUGUGCCACCGAAGGGUAUUGCGGUCGAGUUCCACUGGUACGCGGCCGAGGAGGGUGGACUGCUCGGCUCGCAAGACGUGGCCGCGUUCUAUGAGGCGGCGGGGACGAAGGUCAAGGGGAUGUUGCAGAUGGACAUGACCGCCUUCGUCAAGUCCGGCACCGAGCCCAAGAUCGCCUUCUUCCAGGACCAGGUCGACAAGAACCUGACCACCUUUGCCACCAAGCUCGUCGAGGCGUACUCCCCGCUGCCGUGGAACAUGACCACCUGCGGCCCGCGCUGCGGCUCAGACCACAUGUCGUGGACCAAGGCAGGAUAUCCGGCCAUCUUCGCGACCGAGGGUUUCUUCGAGGACUUCCCUCAACACGCCAUCCACACCAUCAAGGACGAUGUCGAGGCGUACGACGCGGGGUACGACAGCGGCGCAUACGACUUCGACCACAUGUUGGAGUUCGUGAAGCUGGGCAUCGCGUUCGUCGCCGAGCUGUCGGUCGCGUAGCAAUAGACAUGUCCUGUUGAACGGGCGGAAGGGGAUUUCCUUGGAUAUAAUUCGGGUUGAUGGUGAA